AUGGCAUCCCAUAGCUUGAACACCCUUCACACUGUGUUUGAAUACAUUUGGGAUCGCGAGCUGCCCAAUGACGACUUCACAAACACGCUCACCGUCCUGGGCAGGACAUACGCGCCGGGCCCACCCCCGCAUCAGGAGAGGACCCCGGACCUGAGGACGCUUUUUCACAAGUUCAAGCAGGACCAGGCCGCCGAGACAGAGGCCAGCUGGCCGCGCGAGUUUCUCGGCGAUGUGCAUUCGAGAAUAUGGCUUACGUAUCGGUCGGGAUUCCCGCUCAUCAGACGUGCAGAGGACGGGCCGAGCCCCCUCAGUUUUGGCUCGCUCAUUAGGGGCACUGUUGAUCUCGCCACGGUGACCAAAGGGUUCACCACAGACGCAGGCUGGGGGUGCAUGAUUCGCACGUCGCAGUCGCUGCUGGCGAACGGCCUGCUCCAGCUGCGACUCGGCAGAGGGUGGAGAUACGAUCAGACCCGCGAGUGCGCUAAACACGCCGAGAUCGUGUCGUGGUUCGUCGAUAUCCCCACGGCGCCGUUCUCGAUCCACAACUUUGUCGAGCAGGGCGCCAAUUGCGCAGGGAAAAAGCCCGGCGAGUGGUUUGGGCCUUCUGCUGCCGCGCGCAGCAUCCAGGUGUUGUGCGAGGCCAAUUACGAUAAAAUAGGGCUCAAGGUGUACUUUACCGCGAGUGGAGAUAUCUACGAGGACGAGCUGUUUGAGCUGGCGCAGGAGGGCGCCGAAUUGCGGCCGGUGUUGAUCCUUGCUGGGAUUCGACUUGGAGUGAAAAACGUGAACCCGCUGUACUGGGACUUCCUCAAGAAAACGCUCAGCUGGCCGCAGUCGGUGGGCAUCGCAGGCGGUAGGCCGUCUUCGUCGCACUACUUCUUUGGGUUCCAGGGUGACUACCUUUUCUACCUGGACCCACACGUUCCGCAAAAAGCACUGUUAAUAGCAUCCGAGGCCCCCCACGAGAGCCCCGACCCGAACCACUACGUGGAGGUGGAGUCCGGGCUGGACCUGGACUCGGUCCACACAAACAAGAUCCGCAAGCUGCAUUUGGACCAGAUGGACCCUUCGAUGCUGGUGGGGCUGCUGGUGGAGAACCGAGCUAGCUACGACGCGCUCAAACACAACAUCAACGCGCACGACCAGGGGUCGCGAUUUCUCAACGUGUACGACUCGCGGCCCGUGCUUGCGGCCAAGAGCUCUGGCGGGCUCGAGGAGAGCGAGUUUGUGGACCUUGGCGUUCUGUCGAUGAACGAGUACGACGCGAUUGACGACUGCGACGCGGGUGCGUGCAAUGCGCUGCUGCGCAAGGAGCGUGCGUUUUCGCAUCCUGUGCUGGUGGCCAUGGACCCUGAGGAGCCCGAGGAGAUCGAUGCGUCGAUCCAUUUCGACAAAGACGCCUCGAUUCUCGAAAAGGACCCGGACCGAGCGAACGAGACGUUUGAGGAGAUCCACGUUUCUGAGACUGAGAGCCGGUUCGAGCCGGACGAGCCCGUCGUUGUUAGCCACGACUCUGCCGCAGUUAUGUAA